UCGCGCGCCUGAGUCUUGUCACACCGACUGUAUGCAAGAGGAAAUAGAAUCGACUGUGCAUGGAAAAUAGGCAGCAUCAUUGCACGGUUGUGUGUCGCUAGAUAAGGAAUUACGGUCACGAAUCGUUUGUUCGAUGUGCGUAACUUCUUUCGUCAUAACGGCUGAGGCAUGCCAAGCAUACUGAUGACACAGAGUGAGGAGCAAAUGCAAUGGAGGGAGGUUUAAUGAUUGCAUUGCAUUAGGAGGACGUGCUGUUUACAACAGGAGGUGCCAGAUGGACUUCUCAGACCUGUAUGUCCCUGAGGGUCUAGAGCAAUCUUAAUUCACUGGUCACCGAACAAGGCCAAUGCCAUCUUGACACUCCAUUCUAUUUCACUGCUGGCAGGGUCCAUAUGUCACAGGGCUGAGGAGAGUGGUGAUGUUUGCCUGCCCCUAGAAGUCACCGGGGAGCCUGAGAUCUGAUUACAGCAGUGGGACACAGACAGAGAGCUACAGCAGACCUGCCAUGACCAGCACUGCAGAUGGGGUUGGAAAUGUAGGGGCAGAGCAGAGGCACCUCAGUGUGGCUGUUGCAGACCCAGGAGCCUGGGCCACUGCCAUGAGCAACCUGGGCAUUGUACCCAUGAGCUUAACUGGACAGCAACUAGUAUCAGACUCUAUCUGUAUCCAGGGUUUCGAUCCCAACAUCGGCAUCAUCACCCCUUUAAACCCUAUGAUGGCAGGGAUAAGCCUGGUUCCUCCUCCACCUGCCCCACUCGAACUUCCAGUCAUCAAAGAGAUCAUUCACUGCAAGAGCUGUACUCUCUUCCCACAGAACCCCAAUUUGCCUCCACCAUCCACACGAGAAAGACCUCCUGGCUGUAAAACUGUGUUUGUCGGUGGGCUACCAGAGAAUGCCAGUGAAGAAGUCAUUCGGGAGGUUUUUGACCAGUGUGGGGAAAUUGUGGCUAUCCGAAAGAGCAAAAAAAACUUCUGUCACAUCCGCUUCAGUGAGGAGUUCAUGGUGGACAAAGCAAUUUAUCUGUCUGGAUAUAGAAUACGUAUUGGUUCAAGCACAGACAAGAAGGACUCUGGCCGCAUACAUGUCGACUUUGCCCAAGCACGUGAUGACCUAUAUGAGUGGGAAUGUAAGCAGAGGUUGCUUGCACGUGAAGAGAGACAUCGGCGCAAAAUCCAGGAGGAUCGCCUGAGACCUCCCUCUCCCCCUCCCAUCAUGCACUAUUCCGAGCAUGAGGCAACCAUAUUGUCAGAAGGAUUAAAAGAUGACAACAAGUUCAGUGAUGCUACAGCUGUGCUUUUUACAUGGAUUGACCGGGGUGAGGUGAACCGCCGUACUGCCAACCAAUUUUACUCAAUGAUCCAGUCUGCUAACAGCCAUGUGCGGCGCCUAAUGAAUGAAAAGGCCCAACAUGAGGAAGAACUGGAACAGGCCAAGGAGCUUUUCAAGAACGCCCUGCUGGCCAUCCUCACACAAUUUGAGCAGAUUGCGGCUGUGUUCACGGCUGCCUCGCGGCAAAAGGCAUGGGACCAUUUCUCAAAAGCACAGCGCAAGAACAUAGACAUUUGGCGAAAGCAAUGUGAGGAGUUGAGGAAUGCUCACAGUGAAGAAAUUAUGGGAAUACGCAGAGAGGAAGAGAUGGACAUGUCUGAUGAUGACUCUGAAGAAAACCCCUCCAAGAGAUUUCGCACUGAUGACUUGGCUGUAGCUGCUUUAAAGGAGGAGAAUGACAGCCUACGAUGGCAGCUGGAUGCUUAUCGAAAUGAGGUGGAACUGCUCAAGAAGGAACACGGCAAAUCCUACCGCAAUGAGGAGGAUCACACCCAAGAACAGCAGCUAAACUUCCUUCAACAGACCAUGCAGAGCAUGCAACAGCAACUGCUCAGUCUGCAAGAGGAGCUAAAGAGUAAGGAGCUGGAGCUUGAGCAGGCCCAGGAUGAACAUCGAUGCCUGGAAGCAGAAGUCCUCACGCUCAGGGAGAAACUCCUCAACAACAUGGACUGUCUAGAGGGGGCCGACACAGAGCGAUCUGAUAAGGCAGUAAACGGAUGUGCAGACAUCCUCUACCACCAGCACGACAAGAACCAUGAACUGUUCAUCCGAGGCCCUUUGAGAUCUGAAAAGGAGGCUCUGUUGCUAGGAAUUAUAUCAACUUUCCUCCACGUUCACCCAUUUGGAGCCAAUAUUGAGUAUCUGUGGUCAUAUAUCCAGAGGUUGGACACAAAGAUCUCCGCACGGGAACUUGAGCGCCUAAUGUUGCGACUACCAAAUAUGUUCAAACAGGAGUUCAGCGGUGUGGGUGCAACAUUGGAGAAACGCUGGAAGUUCUGUGGGUUUGAGUACCUGAACUCGGCAUAGCACCCCCACCCCCCACCCCCCCCCAUACCACUCACAACAAAGGACUGAGAGAAUCAGUGGUGAAAAAGUAUAAGAAUCCACGGAAAAUAAAAGAUGUAGAGGUGAUCAUCAGAUCAUCAUGGCAACACCUUAUGCCAGAGUAGCCACACCCAAAGGCUAGCUAGUUGGCUUUUUGGAGACACGAAACAAAUAUGAGGUGUAAGGAGAAUUAUUUGCAAGAAAUCAGGACAGAUUUAUUUGACUGCAUUUUUUUCUGCAGACUUCUAGGCCAGUUAUGUAUCUCCACUGUUAACAGUCUCCUACAGCCAGAGGAAGGUAUCAAUGAAUAAGGUAGAAUUUCAUUAUAAAUACACCAUCUGCAAGCUUGGAACACUUGGUACACAGAUGAUGAACAAUAACCCUUAAGAUGUGCUAUUCAAAUUUUUACAUUAUGCAGCAUAGCAGCAUAUUGUGAAAGGUGCCCCUAAUAUCGUCUCGGUAGGUGGACAAUUUCCUUGCCUGAAUAUUUCAGAACUCACCAUGCCUUGGUCUUACAUGUUGUGUUGUAUGUACUCAUUCUAAUGUGUAUUCUAAUGUGUUCUAAUAGGUUGUUGACAAUCUGUAAAUAAAAACAUUGUUUUUUAUCCAAGAACACAAUAAAGUGUUUUUAAUCUGAGACAUUUCCAUUUCA